AUUUCUUUCCUUCCUUCACAUCUCUUUCACCUACUUGCUUUGCAUCUUUUUAUUUAAUUGAUCGCAGACCAAAAGAUCAUAUGUCCAUCACACAAGAAAGACCAACGCUACUUAUUGAGUGUCUAGCGCACACUAUCUCGUUUUUACAGUUCAAUCAAGUUCCAACUCUUUGUUCUCUGCUGCGCGUCAACAAGGCCCUGUUUGAGCUUACGGCCCCUAUUCUCUAUCAGAAUCCAUUCCUCCUUGUCCUUAAUCAUCGCACCUGGCCUGAAGCUGAAAAGACUGAGCGCCUCGUCUUCCUCUUGCGACUCUUCCUUAAAGAGCUAGAUCCCAAUCUUGUAGCAGAACUGCCUCCUUUGGUCAUUUACGACUUUGAGGAUGAGGACAACGAGGAGGACGGAUACAAGGACGAAAAUGGUCAAGACAACAUCGAUGCUGUAAAUCAGGAGCGCCAUAGGACCUACGCUUCUCAAAUUGGUAGUGGCUACUUUUAUCAUUAUCGGAAGCUUGAUCAUUCUUUUCUGGCCUCUGGCGCAAUCUCUCAACUCUUUGGAACGAGCACUCGGAUCCAAAACCAAUCCAUACUAGCACAGCUGGAUAGUAUAUUUCUAAGACACUGUGGCAGUCGUGCUAGCUCACUAUGUCUCUCAUCUAUACGGGUUCAACAAUUUGUUGGGUUCAUUCCCAUGCUUGGAUGCCUCAAGCGACUGGAGAUACAUCAUAUCAAAAGAGUGACGCCACAAGUCCUUUCAGAGCUUGUGGAAUGGAUCAAGGAACAUGAUCGUGUUCAUGGUACACUUAGAGAGCUCCAGAUCGGGGGGUUGACGGGACUAAUGGAUAUGGAAAUUUCUGAUCAGAGCAGCUUGAAGGAGCUCGUACAACUUCCCCAGGCAUUCAGGACACUCCGCGCUCUUGAUACAAGAUCCUGGCGUGAGGCUUGGUCCAUGAUUGACUCUAUUCCGGUGGAAGGACUAGAUAGACUUGUGAUGGAUUAUGGUGAAGGACAAACAACCAAGGAUACCACUAGCUUUUUAUUACGGUGCCGAUCGCUUAAAGUCCUUGAUCUUUUCAUCCCUGGGCCGGAUACAUUCCAGGGUAUUGCCAAGCUCUAUGGAGCACGCUUCAUGGAUCAGCAUCAAGGAUCUGUCUCUGAAAAGCGAUCUAUCGGACAGGCAGAGCAAUUUCAUAUACCCUCUGUAGAGCGACUGUAUAUUUCUGGCAAUCAUCUGAAUCUACGGAAUGCUUUGGAUGAUGCUGCUGUUGGCUUUUGUCAGUCGCUGAGGGUAUUGAAAGCAACUUCAAUGGUGCGUCAAUCUGUUCCAAAACCAACGUUGACAUGGGGGCGACCACUCCUUCAGAUCCAUAUGCCGUUUCUGCAAGAGCUUCAGCUUCAGGGAGAUAUUGCACUGGAAUUUCAUUUCAGCCUACUGCGAUGUUGUCCAAACCUCAUCGCGUUCAAGUUAAUGGCCAAUGGCGAGGAAUCGUGUGGCCGGAUUGACAAUCCGAUAGAGGAGAUUCUAACUCUAAAGAAACUACAGACGUUGCAACUAUUGGGACGAUGGCCAUUAACAGUAUCGUUUCUUCAAGGAAUUGCGCAUAACCUCACAGGCUUAAAGAUGUUGGACCUGGCAAGAUGUUUUGGAGUGAAACUGGACGAUGUGAUGGAGGCAGUAUGCGGUAUGGAGUUCCUUUGGCGUGUAGGCUGGGAAAUGAAUGAUGAGUUUGAUCAAGAGGAGGAGAUCAAGAACAAGCUGUCGUAUUGGCAUGAGAGGACACCAAGCAUUCGGGUCGGAUUUAUUCACUGGGAUGAGUUUUAUGCAUAACGUUGAUUCAGAAUUAGAAGGAAUACAUGUUUAUAGGGCUUGUUUAUUUUACGCAUUGUGUUUAUAUAGGUUCGAGUAAUAGAGAGCAAGGGUAUUUGAUUAAAUGUCAGAGCACCCAGUUUUGUAACCAU